CGCCAUUUUUCAAAGUGAGGGAUCAAUCUAACAACAUAAAGUUGGAGAUUUGAGGCCAUACCAAGAAUAUUUCAAGAACAAUUGAAUAAUACACUUUGAAUAUUGAUACAAUGGCUGACAAAUUCCCUGCUAUAGAGACCAUUGAUAACGAUCUCCCAGACGUUGAAGGAGACAAUUUUGAAUCUGAUUUCUUAUCUCGUGAAAAGGAGUUAGUGGGUGACGAAUUCAAGACUGAACAAGAUAAAGAUAUUUUAGCAGAUGAAGAUAAUGAUAUAAAUGAAUUCAAGGAACAAUUCCCUGAAGUUGAUGAUUCAGCAGCUCCACAAGUGGCUCAAGUUGACGAUGAAGAUGAUGAUGAGUUUGAAGGAUUUGGAUCCAAUACAUCCUCCGCUCCAGCUGCUGCUAAAUAUGAAGGUGAAUCAGUACACUUGAAGGAAUGGAAAGAACGUCGUGAUUUAGAAAUAAAAGAAAGAGAAGCUGCUAACUCUAAGAAGAAAGAUGACAUUGUUAACAAAGCUAGACAAACUGUUGAUGAUUUUUAUGAUAAUUAUAAUAAUAAAAAGGAACAACAUUCCAAAGAAAUCUUAAAGGAACAAGAAGAUUACUUAGAAAAGAGAGAUAAAUUCUUACAAAGAGGUACUUUAUGGGAUAGAGUCAAUGAAUUAGUUGGUGAAGUUGGUGAACUCCCAGAAUCUGAAAAUAGAGAUAAAUCUAAAUUUAAGGAAUUAUUAACCAAAUUAAAGGGUAAAGAAAAUGUUCCAGGUGCUGGAGGAUAUUAGAUAUUGUUAUGAAGUAAAAGCCUUCAAUAAAAUCUCUAUAAUGUACUUUUAUCAAGAUAAUUACAAUUAAAAAAAAGUCUACGUAUGUUUAAAAUUAGUCAAUAAAUAAAUUACAAUAAAUAAAUAUAUAUAU